CACCAAGACUUUCAAUGUGCUCCAACUUCUAGCAUUAUGCACUCGGCCUCGAGAUCAUCUCUCUCAGCUGACUUGGCGACGCGCAAAGAGGGAAGAUCACGAAAUCAAGCUGUCCAUCCUGAACAAUCGUUCAGUAUGGAGGGCUUCAGUUGCCUCGCCAAUGCUGCCUAUAUUGAGGCUCCACAUAAUAACAUUUUUUCCGAAAGGCCAAGCAUCAUGGGCCAAUCUGUUCAACAGUCGCCUACGGAAGAAGUUGUUAUGGCGGCAGAUGCGACGGCUAGAGCGAAGGAUUGGAAGGACAAUAAUGACGAGAAAGAGGGAAUAACUAGGGAAGCUUGUGGAGGGGCGGAUGAACUUUUUGCCGCCGUUGAAGUAGACUAUGGUAAAUACAGUAGGCUGCAGGAUCCUCGAAACGGAGCCCAAUUUGAAGGUCCUGAAGAUCGACGGCUUAACUGGCCGGUAAAGGCAUGUUUAUCAGUCCCUAGACACUUUAAGGCGAUAUAA